AUGGGCAGCGUGGCCACCCCGGGAACACCCCUCGAGACCCCCGAGGCACAGCCCAGCACCAGGCCAAGUGCCCGAGGUGCCGAGAGUGGUGGCCGCGUCGUGUCACCAGACCCGAGGGCCUCGGGGCCCAAGCGACCCAGCGGUCAGAAAAUUGCGCAGCUCUUCUGCUCUGCGGGGCCCGGCUCUUCCGGCCUCUCCUACCACCCGACCUCACCCCGCCUGGACGCCAGGAAGCCCUGCGGAGCUCCGAGCUUCCUGGGGGCAAGACGGGGCGCUGAGGAGGCGGGCAAGCUGUUCCCGAGGGGUACGGGGAGAGCCUCCCCAAGUGUGCGGAAGGCGGCCACCUGCUCCCGCCCGCUGGAGACCUUCACUCACACAUCCAUAGCCCCUUCCCCCCUGGCCGGCUGGGCUGGCCAGGGGCCCCACCUUGGUGGCCACCGAGCACCUUCCUGA